AUAGCUGUCAGAGCGUUAGACUGGUGUUGAAAUGCGUGGUUCAAUUCUUGGAACUUUUUCCGAUUGUUCGCGAAAUUUAACCACAUAUUUGUGAGUUUAAAUUAUUGCCUGGUUUCCCCGGCCUCAGCGGAUUAACAUCAACUAAGCCUUUUCAAUGACAACACUGUGAGUAAAAAGUUGAAUUUGGGAAGAUUUCAAGCUGUAGAAACCGGCAGAAAGAUGCAGGUUAGAGACUGUCUGAUUUCUGCUCCCGGGAAAGCGAUCCUCCACGGAGAACAUGCUGUUGUUCAUGGAAAGGUGGCUCUUGCUGUGAGUUUAAACCUGAGAACAUAUUUGCAAUUGAAAGCGAGCUCCGAUGGCAAAGUUUCCAUUAAACUACCUAAUAUUGACACGUUCGUCUGCUGGGAGCUCUCUGAACUGAAGCAGCUGAACCCCUGUUUAAGCGGUAAAAAAGAAGAGGGACAAUGUAUGGAUCCUGAGCUGGUCAAGAGACUUCGUGAAUUUAUGGGUGUGACCAAUGAAAAUUUGGACAGCAGUACCACAGCCACCUUAGCUUUCCUUUACAUCUACUUAUCACUUUUCGGAUCAGGAGAUAUGCCCAGUCUGACGGUGUGUGUGUGGUCAGAACUGCCGACUGGAGCAGGACUGGGCUCAAGUGCUGCCUACUCGGUGUGUUUAGCUGCAGCUGUCCUCUGCGCGAGUGGAGCCAUUCCCACUCCCUUCAAAGAGUGGGAGCAGACUGCUGGAUGGUGUCAGGAGGAUCUGGAGCUCAUCAACAGUUGGGCUUUCCAAGCUGAGAAGAUCGUCCAUGGAAAUCCCUCAGGAGUAGACAACGCUGUUGGAACGUGGGGUGGUAUGCUGAGAUUUUUAGCUGGAAAGAUAAUACCACUGAGCAGGGUGCCGUUGUUAAGAAUCCUCCUCACCAACACCAAAGUACCACGGAGCACCAAGGUACUUGUUGCCAGGGUGAAGGACAAAAUUAACAAGUUUCCUUUCAUCUUGAUCCCCGUUUUGGAUUCAGUCGAUGCCAUUUCCUGCACAUGUGAGAAAGUCCUAAACGAGAUGACUUGUGAGCCUAUCAAAGGAGAGCACUAUAAUAUUUUAGAGGAGCUGAUUGACAUCAACCAGCAUCAUCUGAAUGUGAUGGGUGUAGGACAUCCUUCUUUAGACACGUUGUGCCAGGUCACGGCGGCCAGAGGGCUUCACAGCAAGCUUACAGGAGCAGGCGGAGGAGGCUGUGGGAUCACCCUCCUGAGACCAGAAACUGAUUCGACGACUGUCCAGGGGACGAUAAAGGACCUGAGGGACUGCGGCUUUGACUGCUGGGAAACAAGUAUUGGUGGACCAGGUGUGCAGCAGCACUUCCCCUUCUCUGUUAAAGAGGAAAUUCUGGAGGUUUUAAAUCGGUACUGAGGCCUGCCGGUGGCUAAACAAGAAGACUGAUUCAUACACUGUAGGACUUUUCCUAUGAUGCCUCAAAACCUGUGAUAUACCGAGCUGAUAACGGCGACUGAAAGAACAGAAACAUUGAUUACAAUGGAUUUUCUUCACUGAAUUUUAUUGUUUUUUGUGUCAUUAACUGACUAAUCAAUCUGGUUUUUUGUACUUUGAAGCACAAUCGUAUGCAGUAAUAUAUCUGUACACUAGAUGGCAGCAGAGUAGCACAAAUGCUUCCGAUAAAUCAGGAAAAAAGUCUAAUAUUGUAAUAUUUAAAUAGAUUAGUUAAAUAAUAUUAAAUCAACAAUUCUAACAUUUUAACAUAUUUUGCAAAAUACCCGCUUUAGUAAACGUGAUAAAGCUGUGAUUUAUUUGCUAGGAAACAUCAGUUACAAAAACCUUUUGUAAAUCCACUUGAAGUAAUUAUUCCAAAAAUUGAUGCAUGCCAGAUUAAAUAUAUAAAAACUCUCCAACAAA